AUGACACUACGUGAACAGAUCAAAAGGACCAUAAUAAGUCUGUAUAACGAUCGUAUUUACCCAGAUUUCCAGUCGGUCAAAAAGCGCCACGAGGAACGGUACAAAGCCGAACCGUUGACCUUGGACACUCUUAUGCACCUUUGCAAUCAGAAUAAUCCUGAUUUCUCCAUUGAGAAAGCGGAGGACCGCCCAGUCCCUGGCUUUAAACUGGCGCAUCCUCCCAAGUCCUUCCGAGGCUUCGUUUCUCCCACGGAUCCAGUGGACUACUACGGCCCUCAGGUCUGGGAGGCACUCAGGACCGAAAUAAACUCCCUCCUAUUAUACGAUCCGAGUUUCUACACCUUUCCUGGUGGCCGGUACGGAACAGCUAGAGCGUUGAAGGAAAGGAAUCUGAGGUUUCUCAACGGCUACAGUCUCGGCGAGCUCUGCCACAUAGUCCAGCUCGCCAUUGAUAAGGAGAUCCUGGCUUACGGCAAGAGCGGCUCUGUUGUACCAUUCAAAGUCAGCUCUAAAGCCGAGAAGGAUGCUAAUGCUCGAGAUAAGAAGCCAACCUUUGCUGGUCACCGUCGUCAAGGACCUCCGAAGGAAGGGUCGGAGCACAGCCGUCGAGAUACCACUGUUGAUUCAUGUGGCGAUCAUGGCUCCAACUCUCACCAUAGCGGAUCAUCUCAUCUUUCCCCCCGAAGUGAAUCCACGAGGGAGGACUUCAUCGCAACCUGGGGUCGGCUCAGGGAGGUCCUUUAUGCUCUAUUGACAAGUACCGAGUGGAAUCAACGCAUACUACUCCUGUCGAACCUCAAGAACGAGAUAAGGCGUCACUUCAAUGGUGUUGUCCUCAGCGAAACGGCACUAGGCCAUACGAAGUUGAUUGAUAUGGUCCAAGACCCCAAGCUGACCGAUCUAGUCUUUGUCGACUGGCGUCGCAACAACCCUGUCCUCAAGUUGCUACCAGGAGCAACCCUCCAUAAGGCCUCUGGUCCGUGUGUGGCUACACCACAACGUAUAUCGAGAAGCACCGGCACGCCUGUGAAGGCAGUCUCUGGGACCAAGUCGGCUGGGGGCUCUACGAAAACGUUAUAUGCAGACGCGGAGGAGGUAGAGGCUCUUGACAAGUCCCGUCGAGUGAAGACAGCUCCAGAUGAAUACCUUUUCUCCACGACGGAUCGUGCCAUAGCAGAUCUCCACAUCAACCAUUACCAAAUCACACCAUUGGAUUUCCCUCUGAUCCCCUCAGCCACUACUGAGACCGACUAUGAUAUCACCAAUGGGGAUUCAAGAGCUGCCGGAGGCCUCCCUGGACUGGACCCGUCUCUGCUUUCUCCACUACAGCCCUUGGCUCAUCCCGUCAAUGAGGUGUCAGAGGCCAUCGCUACCUUUGGGUCGAGUACUGACCUGCAAGAGGCACUGCCUGAUCUCGAGCUACUACUGUCGCAAAUGUCGAUUGACAACAAUACAGGGGGGAAGUGA